AUGGUCAAUGUGAACGCCGCUCUACCUGAGCAUUUCUCACUCGACAGAGUCAUCAGGCCCAACAUCCUCUCCUUGACGCCCUAUCGCUGUGCACGGGAUGAUUACGACCGUGGAAUUUUACUAGACGCUAAUGAAAACUCCCUCGGCUCAGCGUUAUCACCCGCCCAGGAUUCUAAGAAAGAAGACGUACCAGCCCAACAACUUUCUCUUGAGAACGGGGAAUUAAAUAUCCGCUCGCUUUCGUUGCACCGAUACCCAUCACCAAGCCAGAUACCGAUCAAACGGAACCUCUGUGAUUACCGGAACUCGAUCCAACCAGAUCUCCCUCCACUCGAACCCGCAAACGUCUUUUUGGGGGUCGGGUCAGAUGAAAUACUCGACUUGUUAUUUCGGAUCGCUUGCAAACCCGGUGACUCUGAAGGAAUCGGUGAUCAGGUCAUCGUGACCCCGCCGACUUAUGGCAUGUACUCCGUUUGCGCAAAGGUGAACGACGUGGGAAUCGUCAAUGUCCCCCUAAAUGUGCAAGCUGGUGCCUUCACAGUUGACCUGGAACAUCUCGAUGAGCAAUUAUCGCAACAAUCAAGUUCCAGGCCGAUCAAGUUGCUCAUUCUAUGCUCUCCUGGCAACCCAACGGGAACAACAAUACCGUUGGACACGAUCGAAAAAAUCUUGCUGAAUCCAAAAUUUAACGGGAUCGUGAUUGUGGACGAAGCGUACAUUGACUUCGCUGGGAACGAGAAAAGCGCGAUCAAACUAGUCAGACAAGGCUGGAAAAACUUGAUAGUCACUCAGACUCUCAGUAAAGGUUUUGGCUUGGCUGGCAUUCGACUGGGAAUUGCUUACGGAUCGGCGGACUUAAUUCAAGUAUUAAACAACACCAAAGCACCCUAUACGAUCUCAUCGCCAACAUCUUCCCUAGGAUAUGAAGCAACCAAGCCGGAUAGACUGAAACAGAUGGAAGCCCACAUUAGCAAGAUCAACGAGAACCGCGAUUGGCUGCAGAAGGAAUUACCCACGAUCCCAGGUCUGGGCAAAAUCUUGGGACAGACGGAAGCCAAUUUCAUCUUGAUCCAAGUGAUGGCGUCCAAUUUGCAAACAAUUGUUGACAGUCAACGGGCUAAAAAGGUCUACAAGUCCAUGGCCGAGGAUUACGACCAUGACCGGACUCCGAUCGUCGUCCGAUAUCGCGGCGAUGAGUUGGGAUGUCAAGGAUGUCUCAGGAUCACCGUCGGUAGUCGGUCGGAGUGCGAAGAGCUGGUUGGGAAACUUAUCCAGACUCUUGAACUAAUUCAUUAA